AUGUAUACCUCUAGAGGAUUGUCAGUGCCAAGCAGCGGACCAACGGAAGUCCGUUCCACCACCAUCAAGGUUACUCAAUCCUGUUUUAAUCUUGGCGCUCCCCUGACUAUCAAGCCAACCAGCAUCAACGACGACACUCGUGUUCCUGCAGACAUGUGGUCCGAAAGUAUCAUCCUCCUGUCUACCAAUCAUCCCUUGCAGAUCAUCGUUCGGGCUUACACCGGUGACAAUCUAGGGACGUACGUCUAG